CCGCUGCGCUUCGCCAUGUCGGGCUCGGUGGUGAAGCGUCAAAGGAUGGAGUCAGCUCUGGACCAGCUCAAGCAGUUCACCACUGUGGUGGCCGACACUGGUGACUUCAACGCCAUUGACGAGUACAAGCCCCAGGAUGCGACCACCAACCCCUCUCUGAUCCUGGCCGCUGCUCAGAUGCCCGUCUACCAGAACCUGGUGGAGGAGGCCAUGGCCUACGGGAAGAAGCUGGGCGGCUCACAGGAGGAACAGAUUACAAAUGCUAUUGACAAGCUGUUCGUGUUGUUUGGAGUAGAAAUUCUAAAGAAAAUCCCCGGCCGUGUGUCAACAGAAGUAGAUGCGAGGCUCUCCUUUGACAAGGAUGCCAUGGUGGCCCGAGCCCGGCGCCUCAUCGAGCUCUAUGAAGAGGCUGGUAUCAGCAAGGACCGGAUCCUCAUCAAGCUCACAUCAACGUGGGAAGGAAUUCAGGCUGGCCAGGAGCUGGAGAAGCAGCAUGGCAUCCACUGCAACCUGACGCUGCUCUUCUCCUUCGCCCAGGCUGUGGCCUGCGCCGAGGCAGGUGUCACGCUCAUCUCACCCUUUGUCGGCCGCAUCUUGGACUGGCAUGUGGCCAACACUGACAAGAAGGCCUAUGAACCGCUGGAGGACCCUGGGGUGAAGAGUGUCACCAAGAUCUACAACUACUACAAGAAGUUUGGCUACAAGACUAUCGUCAUGGGCGCCUCCUUCCGUAACACGGGUGAGGUCAAAGCACUAGCCGGCUGCGACUUCCUUACCAUCUCGCCCAAGCUGUUAGGGGAGCUGCUCAAGGACACCAGCAAGCUGGUGCCCACCCUCUCGACCAAGGCGGCCCAGGCCAGUGACCUAGAGAAACUGCACUUGGACGAGAAGGCUUUCCGCUGGCUACACAACGAGGACCAGAUGGCUGUGGAGAAGCUCUCGGAUGGGAUCCGCAAGUUUGCUGCCGAUGCCAGGAAGCUGGAGCGGGUGCUCACGGAACGCAUGUUCAGUGCGGAAAAUGGGAAAUAG